CUUCACACACGUUUGGAAUUUUAUUUUUGUUUCCAUUUUGAAGUUCCACAUACUUAUUGUAACGAUUCUGAUAUCCAAUAUUUGAAAUUCGAAUUUUUUGUGCCCAUAGACUGCUGGUUCGCAUUUUUUGGUUCACAGAAUUAAGCAAGCAUGAAUCAUUUUCGAAUUUUUUGGAUAGUAUUUUUCGUCUCCCAUUGCAGUGGUCAAAAUGAACCCUCAAGCUUGACUUCAAAUCUUACAGAAUGUACUCGUAGAAAUGCGAUUCGAUGCGACACAUAUCCGAGUAUGGGAAUUCACGAAAUCAAUUAUGUUUGGGUCAUUGAUCAUUUCAGCGUACACGAGGCAUUCUCUAGUGAAAUUUCGUCACCCACGCUACGCGCAUCCGAGGCUAAUGAUUCACGUAGCUGGUCUAUUUACAUUAAACCUAACGGAACUGAUAAGAAAAAUGACACGAUAUCUCUAAACGUACAAUUACAAAUGUCUCUUUUUGUUAAUGCGCUUGCCGAGACCAAUGUUUCGAUCAUAAAUCAUAAAAAGGAAUCGGUACUUUCUGCAUAUGAGCCGUACAAAAAAAUAGGCUGGGACUAUAGCAAUUCGCAGUCGUGGCCACAUUUUUGCAAGAAAGACGCUUUUUUCAAAAAUCAAUUACUACAGAACGACACAUUAACAUUGUUUAUCAACAUCAAAUGGUUCAAGGAACCGUCGAACGUAAUUUCUCACCCCAGUAAAAAUUCGUCGUCUAGCGCUAGGCAUGAAAGUAGCAUUAUCAAAGUAUGCAAUACUUUUGAAAACAGUAAAUCUAUAUCGAUCCUGGACAAUCCAAGUUUGGCAGAGAUGGUGUUCUCAACGAAUGGUAGUAAUCAUGAAUGCGAUGAGACCGAUAUGAGGUACACCGACAUACAAGUUGAAGAAAUAGAAUACAUCUGGGCUAUACAUAACAUCAGUUCGUACGAGACAAGGGGCUGCGGCAUGAUUUAUUCGCCCAAGUUACACGUACCCACAAUCGGCAUUUAUGAAUGUGAUUUUGAAAUUAGACUACGUGAAAUUAGUUAUGAUGUACACAUACAACUAUCGGCCGGAAGUAAGAUUGGAAAGGCAUUAGCAAAGUACAAUAUUUCGAUCAUAAACCGCCACGAUCAAGUUUUACUUUAUGAAAAAUCGUCGUUUAAGAAAAUGAACGAAUCCCGCAAGUAUUUCAUAGACUUCUCGAAGAAGGAUGAUUAUUUCAGAAACCACGUGUUAAAAGAUGACACACUGACACUGUUCAUCCAAUUGAAAUUGUUUUCUCGGCCUUUUGACGUUUCUCCCCAGCGAAUGAUUUCUUCACCAGCUCCUGUACCCGAGACUACCUCUAUCAAAGUCAAUCAUUCAGAAAACUUCGAAUCGAUCCCCAACAGCCAGAAAUUUGCAGACUUGGAAUUUACAACAAACGGCAGUAAUUUUGAAGCGAUGUUUGAAAACCCAAAAUACUCCGACGUCGUGUUUAAAACCAACAGCAGCAAGUAUCCGGCCCAUAAAGCUUUUUUGGCCGCACGCAGUCCAAUUUUCGCCUCCAUUCUUCAACGAAAAGAAACAAGGGAUGGAAAAAAUAGAAAAAUUCGAAUAAACAUGACCCACAUGGACGAUGAAGUAUUCCGAGCUAUGCUGCAAUAUAUUUAUACCGGAAAGGUCGAUAAUUUGGAUCAACUAGCUGAAAGAUUAUUCGUAGCUGCAACUAAAUACGGUUUGGAUGAAUUGAGAAAAAUUUGCGAACAAUCGCUUUGCAAGACUUUGUCAGCGGAAAAGGCAGAAGACAUGUUUGUAUUUGCCAAGAAACACCACGCCAACGAAUUGAAGUCCAGAGCUCUCGAAUUAAUAAAAAAAAGUUAGGCUUAGUCAAAAUUUGAACGUUACGCUAAGAAAUUUCUAUGGAUUGAGCAACAGUCAAAAUACGGAAGUUAACGUUUAAUUAAGACAAUUCGAUAAUAUUACUAAAUAUUAAAUAUUGGUAUCGAGAUAAAAACUGACUUUCUUCGUCACAUACUUAACUAUGUACAUACCUUUGGAAUAAAUUUAUUUUAGUUUUCAUUUUGAAGUUCCACAUGUCGAUGUAACGAUUCUGACAUCCAAUAUUUGAAAUUCGAAUUUUUUGUACUCAUGAACUGUUAGUUCACAUUUUUUGGUUCACAGAAGCAAGCAUGAAUCAUUUUCGAAUUUAUUGGAUAGUAUUUUUCGUCUCCCAUUGCAGUGCUCAAAAUGAACCCUCAAGCUGCACUUCAAAUCUUACCGAAUGUGGAAAUGCGAUUCGAUACGAUACGUAUUUGAGUACGGAAAUUCACAAAAUCAGUCAUGUUUGGGUCAUCGAUCAAUUCAGUAUGCACGAGACAUCCAUUGGUGAAAUUUCGUCACCCAUGUUACGCGCAUCAGAACCCGAGGCUAAUCCAUGUAGCUGGUGUAUAAAAAUUAUACCUACCGGAAUCGAUGAAAAAAAUGACACGAUCUCUCUACAGGUACACCUACAAAUGUCUGUUUAUGUUAAUGUGUUUGCCGAGAUCAAUGUUUUGAUUCUAAAUCAUAAAAAUGAAUCGGUACUUUCCGCACAUGGACCGUAUAAACGUACGAGGAGUUUCAACAAGCCGCGGAUGUGGCCAUACCUUUGCAACAAAGAUGAUUUUUUCAGAAAUCAAAUACUACAAAACGACACAUUAACAUUGUCGAUCAACAUCAGAUGGUUCAAUGAUCCGUCGAACGUUAUUUCUCACCCGAGUAAAAAUUUUUCGUCAAGAUCUACGCAUGAAAGCAGCAUUAUCAAAGUAUGUAAUUCUUAUGAAAACAUUGAAUCGAUACUGGAAAAUCCAAAAUUGGCAGAGAUGGUGUUCUCAACGAAUGGUAGCAAUCAUGAAUGCGAUGAGACCAAUAUGAGGUGCACCGACAUACAAGUUCAUGAAAUAGAAUACAUUUGGGCUAUACACAACAUGAGUUCUUACGAGACAAGGGACUUCGAUAAGAUUUAUGCGCCCACGUUACACGUACCGACAAUCGGAAUUUAUGAAUGUCAUUUUAGUACUGAACCAAGACAAAUUGGUUUUAAAGUAAGCAUGUAUCUAUCGGCCGGAAGUAAGGUUGGGAAUGCAUUAGCAAAGUACAACAUUUCGAUCAUAAACCGCCAUGACCAAGUUUUACUUGAUGAAAAAUCGUCGUUUAAAAAAAUUGAUCCAAGCCGCAGCAUGUACUACAGAGAAUUCUCCAAGAAGGAUGAUUAUUUCAGAAACCACGUAUUAAAAGAUGACACACUGACAUUGUUCAUGCAAUUGAAAUUGUUUUCUCGACCUAUUCAUGACGAUUCUCACCAGCGUAUGGCUUCUUCACCAACUCCUGAACCCGAGACUACCUCUAUCAAAAGCAAUCAUUCGAAAAAAGUCGAAUUGAUCCCCAAAAAUAAUAAAUUUGCAGAUUUCGAACCUGCAGCAAACGGCAGUAAUUACGAAACGAUGUUUGAAAAUCCAAAAUACUCCGACGUCGUGUUCAGGACGAAUGGCAGCGAGUAUCCGGCUCAUAAAGCUAUUCUGGCCGCAAGCAGUCCAAUUUUCGCCGCCAUUCUUCAACGAAAAGAUACCCGGAAUGGAAAAAAUAGAAAAAUACGAAUAAACGUGACCCACAUGAACGAAGAAGUAUUCCGAGCCAUGCUGCAAUAUAUUUAUACCGGAAAGUGCGACAAUGUGGAUCAACUAGCUGACAGAUUAUUCGUAGCUGCAACUAAAUACGGUUUGGAUGGAUUGAGAAAAAUUUGCGAACAAUCGCUUUGCAAGACUUUGUCAGCGGAAAAGGCAGAAGACAUGUUUGUAUUUGCCAAGAAACACCACGCCAACGAAUUGAAGUCCAGAGCUCUCGAAUUAAUAAAAAAAAGUUAGGCUCAUGUCAGUCAAAAUUUGAACGUUAGGUACGCUAAGAAAUUCUUAUGGAUUGAGCAACAGUCAAAAUACGGAAGUUAACGUUUAAUUAAGACAAUUCGAUAAUACAUAUUUCUAAAUAUUAAAUAUUGGUACCGAGAUAAAAACUGACUUUCUUCACGGUACAUAAUGUACCUUUGGAAUAAAUGUA